CUCAUUCUGCCGCCAGGGCCCGCCCUACAGUCCAAAAGGAACCGCGGCGGGCUCGGGACUGGGUCUUGGCUCCUCAGCGGGAGUUUGGUUUGCUAUGGCGGCCUGUACCGCAGCCCAGCAGCUGCUGCUGGUACUGAGUGCCCUAGGACUCUUGGCCGCAGGUGCUCCGCAGCCCCCCAACAUCGUGCUACUGCUCAUGGACGAUAUGGGGUGGGGUGACCUGGGUGUGAAUGGAGAACCUUCCAGAGAGACCCCAAAUUUAGACCGGAUGGCUGCAGAAGGGAUGCUUUUCCCAAGCUUCUAUUCUGCCAACCCUUUGUGCUCACCAUCUAGGGCAGCCCUGCUCACAGGAAGGCUACCCAUCCGCAAUGGCUUCUACACAACCAACGCUCAUGCAAGGAAUGCUUACACACCUCAGGAGAUCAUGGGCGGGAUCCCUAACUCAGAGCACCUCCUGCCGGAGCUCCUGAAGAAGGCAGGCUAUACCAACAAGAUUGUGGGCAAGUGGCAUCUGGGUCAUAGGCCCCAGUUCCACCCCCUGAAGCAUGGAUUUGACGAGUGGUUUGGAUCCCCCAACUGUCACUUUGGACCGUAUGACAACAAGGUCAAGCCCAACAUCCCUGUGUACAGGGACUGGGAGAUGGUCGGCAGAUUUUAUGAAGAGUUCCCAAUUAACCGGAAGACUGGGGAAGCUAACCUCACCCAACUCUACUUACAAGAAGCUCUGGACUUCAUCCGGACACAACAUGCAAGGCAGAGCCCCUUCUUCCUCUACUGGGCCAUCGACGCCACUCAUGCACCAGUUUAUGCCUCAAGACAGUUCUUGGGCACCAGCCUUCGAGGGCGGUAUGGCGAUGCUGUUCGGGAAAUAGAUGACAGUGUUGGGAAGAUCUUGAGCCUUCUGCAGAACUUGGGCAUCAGUAAGAACACAUUUGUCUUCUUCACGUCUGAUAAUGGUGCGGCCCUCAUUUCUGCUCCCAAGGAAGGUGGCAGCAACGGUCCCUUCCUGUGUGGGAAGCAGACAACAUUUGAAGGCGGGAUGAGGGAGCCUGCGAUCGCAUGGUGGCCAGGACACAUUGCUGCAGGCCAGGUCAGCCACCAGCUGGGAAGCAUCAUGGAUCUCUUCACCACCAGCCUGUCCCUUGCAGGCCUGAAGCCCCCCAGUGACAGGGUGAUUGAUGGACUUGACCUCCUCCCCACCAUGCUCAAGGGCCAGAUGAUGGACAGGCCCAUAUUUUAUUACCGUGGCAACACUCUGAUGGCAGUCACUCUUGGCCAGUACAAAGCACACCUCUGGACUUGGACCAACUCCUGGGAGGAGUUCACACAGGGCACUGACUUCUGCCCCGGGCAGAACGUUUCAGGAGUCACAACCCACACCCAGGAAGAACACACGGAGCUACCCCUGAUCUUCCACCUGGGACGGGACCCAGGGGAGAGAUUCCCACUCAGCUUCAACAGUGAUGAGUACCAGGAUGCCCUCAGCAGGACCACCCAGGUUGUCCAGGAGCACCAAAAGUCCUUGGUCCCCGGACAGCCCCAGCUCAAUGUGUGUAACCAGGCUGUCAUGAAUUGGGCGCCCCCAGGCUGUGAAAAGCUAGGGAAGUGUCUGACACCUCCUGAGUCUGUCCCUGAGAAGUGUUUCUGGGCCCAUUAGCCAAGACCAGAAUCUCCAGCCAGCCCUGCAAGUGCCCGGGAGACCUUGUCCUUCGGACUGAUGAAUGGAAGAGACCAGCUGCCCUCUGCCCACCCAUCCCUGGAUGGACGGCCCCUGCAACCAGGUGCAAGGCUCCAAGACUGCCGAGCACCGCAGCCCAUCUUGCCAACUGGCUCCUGAAAAGGAAGCUGGAGCCUUGAUCACCGUAGGUGCGCCAGCCUAGGGUCUGAAGCACUGUCACUGUCCCUGCAUACAUUUCAACCUAGGUGUUGUACACAAAAGUGAAGAUUUCAGCGAAAUGCCAAGGAAGUGCCAUCUAUCUGGCUUCUCCCCCAGGCCAACCCUCUGAGCCACCCUACCUCUUUUGCACUGGCUACAAACAAAAGACAAAGACAGUGCCUUUUCCUGUCAAGGUGGCAUCUGCCCUGCCCCAUGGAGAUGGGAAGAUGACAUCCCUGGCUCAGGGCAGUAUGGGGCCACUUCUGUAACCUGCCACCUCUCAUGUGUUCCACAUAAUCUCCAAGACACUUUCUCUGAAGGCUCAUGGGAGUUGUCCGUCAUGAACAAGUUUCCACGUCUGUGCAGUAACUGCAGAGCCAAGGCUGAGUUGUAAAGGUUGGGAAAUGGUGGUGAAGAGGUUGAGAGAAAGAAUAAAGGAACAGGAGUGGGUUA